CAAGAACCACCUCUUCCCUUGCCUGUACACGCCUCCGGUCCCGCAGUGCGCAGCCACUCUGAACUGAGGCGGUGUGCGCAGGCGCACUGGGGUAGACGAGGCGGGCUAGGAAUUAUUGGCGCGCGCUCUCAAAUAUUCCCGCGGCUGUUCCGGUGGAAGGGAGACGAAUUCUUGGAUCAGAUGUUGUACCAGAAGACAGGAAGCAGAACAUAUCCAAAGGAGGGCAACAAAGAUGGUGAAGAGUCUGGAGACCAAGUCCUAUGAGGAAUGGUUGAAGGAAUUGGGUAUGUUUACCCUGAAGAGGUGACAACUGAGAGGUGAUAAAGAUGGCUGAAGACUCUGGAAUCACAAAAUCAAACUUUGAGUUUUGGCUGCACAAAGCUCUUGAGUGGGGUCAAAUCACCAUUCCAGAAUCUCAGCAAGAUGUCUGCCUUCACUUGCCUGAAUUACAGGAAUUUCUACUGCAGAUUUAUGGGGCUUUGAAACAUACGAACUGUACUGGUGCAGUCCAAAAGUUUCCAUUAAUCGGACAAUUAUUGGGAAGACUUUGCUGGAAUCCAUUUGUUGUUGGCCAUGAUGAAUGCCAGAAGAUUCUAAUGUGGUGCUUAUGUUGUCUGUACAGUGGUGAACCACAGAACCCUGUGGAAUUGAAGGCCAACAGCUGGAUACAAAUCUCAUUGUGCCAUCUCUUGUCACUUUCUGGACUGGGGCAUCAUGAUGGUGAUAUUGACAACUUCAUUACAACUCUGGGACUGACAUCUGCAGAUUACUAUGUGAAACUUGUUGAAAAUGUUGUCUCAUCACUAGUGACAGAACUCAGCAGAAACUGGUUUAAUAGAUUUACUAGUCAACAAAGUAUUUCUUUGCGAGUAAGAUCUGUGUGUCUUCUCUGUGUACCACUUGUUAAUUUGCCUGAUAUAACACCACUGCUGGAAGCCCUUCUUAGCUAUCAUGGAGAUGGAACAGAAGAAGUCCUCCAUUGUGAGUUUUUAGAAGCUGUGAAUGAAGCCAUUUUACAAAAAAAGAUUUCGUUGUCUGAAUCUGCUGUAGUGCAGCUGUGGCUUCGCCAUCUUCCUAGUUUGGAGAAAGCUUUGCUACAGAACUUUAGAUGCUUAAUUUCUGGUCAGCCAAGUUCGCUGGAAGAAAUGAUAUACCUGAUAACAAGUUCCCUAUUGCCCCAAGCUUCAUGUCAUCCAGCAAUCUUCGGAACUACUGAAGAAUUUUUCAAGAAUGCAUUGCUGGAAACCGAUGGAGCACUAGAAGUAAUGACUGUAAUGCAAGUGUUCACACGAUGCUUUCUUCAGGCUUAUCAAGAGAAUAAUGAGCAGCGCAAGUUUCCACUGAAGGCCUACUUUCCUCAUAAUCCACAUUCACUGUUGAGAGCUUUCCUCAGACAGCCCUCAGAUUUGCCAGCUGCUGGUUUACAUCAGCAUUUGAUUCAUAUUGCCGAAAUGUUGAAAGCAAUAGUAAAAACCAAUUGCAUGAGAUCUAGUAGUAACCUCUUUGACAUCUGGUUUUUGUUCAUCCAUUUUGGAGAAUGGGCUGAUAUGGCAGCAGAACAUUUGCUGGUGUCAGAAGCAGAAUCUUCAGAUGCUUUGUUGUGGCUUUUAGUAUUUUACUAUGAUCCAAAUGAUGAGAAUCAGCAGAGAAGUCAAACAAUGUUAGAAAGUAGAUCGCUUUGUGAGCAUCUCAUAACCUUGUCCAGAACUCCAGCCCUUUCUGCCAGAGAUCUACUGGUGGCAGUUAAUGGCGAACUAAGCAGAAAGCAACCUGCCACCAAAGAACUUGCUGUUCAUUUGAUCAUCAGCUUUCUGCUUUUUACUGCCAAUGGACAUGCAAUAGCCAGAGAAUUCAUUACUCAUUUUGCAGUGACGUAUGGUGAAGUCUCCAGAAUUUCUAGCCUUCUUAGCCGAAUUGCACACCGAGUCAGCCAACUUGAAGUAAAAUAUCAAAGGACUGUAAAGCUGGCCAAUGAUCUUUUGCAGAUUCUCAAAUCUGUGGGUUAGUGUUUGUAGUGAUGCUCAACUUAAACUUCAAUGUAAUAAAUAUAUUAGCAUAAAUUGAAAUAGCCAACUUAGUCUUUACCUCAUAUGAGAGUUUUUAAAAAAAAUUGUGUGAUUUUAUCAAGUACGUGUUUCCAUACUCUUGGACAAUUGGGCAAUUGCUUGUUUCUGACAUGUUUGUUUGGAGAAUAAAGUCACUCGCAAGUGGCAGAGAUUUCUGAAACAAA